AUAGUUCAUCCCAUUCGAUACCACACACUCCCCAACUCCCUUUCUGAUACAUCAACACUCUCACAAUGGCUGAAGGACGCGCUGCACCCCUUCGUCUCGGCUCUACUGCCCCCAACUUCACUGCCGACACCUCCAACGGCCCUAUCACUUUCCACGACUACAUUGGUGACAGCUGGGCUAUCCUCUUCUCCCACCCCGAUGACUUCACCCCUAUCUGCACUACUGAGCUUGGUGCUUUCGCCAAGCUUGAGCCCGAGUUCACUGCUCGUGGCGUCAAGCUGAUCGGUCUCAGCGCCAACGGCACUGAAUCCCACAAGGCCUGGAUCAAGGACAUUGACGAGGUCACCGGCUCAAAGCUGACCUUCCCCAUCAUCUCCGAUCCCGAGCGCAAGAUCGCCCACCAGUACGACAUGGUUGACUACCAGGACACCACCAACGUUGACUCCAAGGGUAUGGCUCUUACCAUCCGUUCCGUCUUCAUCAUCGACCCUGCCAAGAAGAUCCGCCUCAUCAUGACCUACCCCGCCUCCACCGGCCGCAACACGGCUGAGGUCCUCCGUGUCGUUGAUGCCCUCCAGACCACCGAGAAGCACGGUGUUACCACCCCCAUCAACUGGCUUCCUGGUGACGACGUUGUCAUCCCUCCUCCCGUCUCCACCGAGGAUGCUCAGAAGAAGUUCGGCGACGUCCGUGUUGUCAAGCCGUAAGUUCACCCGAGCCUGGAGCAUUCAUCAUUACCUGCGUUUCACCAACCUCAAGAAGGAAUAAAUUGGAAAAUGAUACCUCAUAACCUAUCUACGACUACCGAUCUCAAGGGUAGGGAGUGAACGGUGGCUAUGGAAAUUUGCCUGGAUAACUUCCUGGUCGCAGCAAAAAGAAAUAAAAUCUCAGGCGUGGAUUUGUUUAUUUCGAUACCUAAUGAUACAAUGAUCAAAGAUAUCACGUUAUA